AUGAUUGAGGUCGGCGUCACCGAAGAGGUGGAGAUCGAAGAAGCAAUCGAAGGUGAAGUGGUUGUGGAAGGCAUUACCGAAGAGGUAGAUAUUGAGGAAGAAGUGACUGAUGGAAUGAUUGAGGAAGGUGUGACCGAGAAGAAGGAGGAAGAAGGUGACAAGAAAGAGAAGGACGUAGAUAAAGGUGGGAAAGGAAAGGACAACAAACGACACCGCAAUCCAUUUGAUAAAAUUCGCCGCCAAUUCAGACGCAUUUGGGAGAUCUAA